AUGGAGUCCUCUUCCCGAGCGCCUCCCCCGCCGGAACAGCAGCCGGCGCCGCCCGACUCCGCCGACUCCGACGGCUCCGACGGCUCUCCCAACAAGCGCAUCCGCUUGGAACCCACUCCCCAUCCGCCGCUCCCGACGGCACAGCAGGCAGCGUCGUCCGACUCCGCUGCCGAUCCCCCGCACCGCGAAGUAGCUGCUACCCUCCCCACACGGCAAACCCUAGUGCCGUCUUCCACCUCCAAGCCGAACCCCCCCCCGCCGCCGCCACCGCCGUCGGCACCGCCGGCGCCCCGUUCCGCCAAGACCGUCCCCGCCCACCCCCUUUCCUCCCUUCUCCAGAGAUUUCCCUCUCACGAAGUCGGACCUGUCGACAACCCGCCACCGCCAUCGGCACCGGCGGCACCCCGCUCCGCCAAGCCCAGCCCCACCCACCGCCUUUCCUCCCUUCUCCAGAGUUCCCCCUCUCACGUAGUCGGACCUGUCAACGACCCAGCGCCGCCGCCGGCGAUCUCCAUACUCAACCGAGCGGCGAGGGAGGACCCACCGCCGCCCGUCAAGAAACUCGAAGCCGCCGCCCCCGGAGACGCUGAGAAGGGAUCGGGGGUGGUCUCGUGGAUUCUCCACCGGCGGAAGCGUGGAGAGGCGAUCGCGAAGGUGGCGAUCCUCGCCCGUCUCUCCGCCGUGGUUCUGUCCUUGGUCUCCUUCUCCGUGAUGGCCGCCAAUCGGACAAAGGGUUGGGCAGGGGACUCCUUCGACCGCUACAUGGAGUACCGGUAGAAGCCCUCUUUCUCCUGUCGCCAUUAAUGUCCAUAUCAAGGCCUGAUCCUCGUCCUGCUUGUUUGUGGGGGGAGUUGCAGGUUCUGCAUCACAGUGAACAUCCUCGCCUUUGUCUACUCGGGAUUCCAAGCCUACGCGCAGGUCCACCGUCUCAUCAGCGACAAGGACAUCAUCCCCCUGCCCAUACGGCUCUACUUCGACUUCGCCAUGGAUCAGGUGAGCUUCCUGAACCUGCCCAAAACCAUAGGAACCAUCCAUGAUCGUCUUUGAGCUGCCGCAGGUGUUGGCAUACCUCCUGAUCGCGGCGGCGACUGCAGCGGCCACCAGGAACACCGACUGGGUGACCAACUGGGGAAGCGACCCCUUCACGGUGAUGGCCAACGGGUCCAUCUCCGUCUCCUUCCUCGCCUUCGCGGCGCUCGCCAUCAGCGCACUGAUAUCCGCCUUCAUCCUCUUCAGCAAGAUCCCCUGA